AUGAUGACGUGCCGUCUGCUGUGCGUCCUGUUGGUGCUCGCCCUGUGCUGCUGCCCGUCCGUCUGCGGGAUAACAAGUGAAGAUACAACUGGCAAAGCUGGAGAAGAAUCCGAUCAAAAGGAUAAAAAGCCAGCGAAACCAGGUGGGGUGACGGAUUCGCAGAGUACUUCCUCUUCGCCACCGACAGGAGAGGAGGAGGAAAGGAAGGAGGAACAGGAAACAAGUACGCCGACUCAUACGUCACAGGAAACGGCUACAAUAACCGAAACGCCACAGUCACAAACUACUUCCAAUAAUACACAGGAUCAAGAUGGUGGCAAGUCUAAAGGACGGACAGAACAUACGAAUACCGUUACGGCAGAUGAACAAAAGAAGGCCGUCGCACCAAGUACGACCACGACAACCACUAGAACAACGACUACUACAACUACGAGUACCACGAGUACAGAGGCGCCAACUACGACGACCACCCGCGCACCGUCACGUCUUCAUGAAAUCGACGGCAGCCUCAGCAGCUCUGCGUGGGUGUGUGCCCCGCUGGUGCUCGCCGCAUCCGCGCUGGCGUACACCACUGUGGGCUGA